CACAGCGUUAUGGCUCAGACGCUACAGAUGGCGAUCCCCAACUUUGGCAACAAUGUCCUGGAGUGUCUGAACGAGCAGCGUCUGCAGGGCCUCUACUGCGAUGUCUCUGUGGUGGUCAAGGGACAUUCCUUCAAGGCCCACCGAGCAGUGUUGGCAGCCAGCUCGUCGUACUUCCGCGACCUGUUCAAUGCUGGUGGCAAGAGCUCGGUAGUGGAGCUGCCAUCAGCCGUGCAGCCGCAGAGCUUCCAGCAGAUCCUGGCCUUCUGCUACACGGGCCGCUUGAGCAUGAACGUGGGCGACCAGUUCCUGCUCAUGUACACUGCAGGCUUUCUGCAGAUCCAGCAAAUUAUGGAGAAGGGCACGGAGUUUUUCCUCAAGGUCUCAUCUCCGAGCUGCGACUCGCAGGGUCUCCACACCGAGGAGACAGAGCCUCAGAGUCCUGUCACUCAGACAGGGGCUGUCAGUACCCCGAUUGCCACUACAGCUGCCAGGCCGUCCGCUUGUUUGACACCCCUACCCCUGAUGUCUAAAGUGAAGACAGAGCAGCUUGCUACCACACCUCAGUCUCAACAGGAGGGCUUCCCAUACUCGGUGGUCUGUAUCCCAGUAGCCAAACGACUAUGGGAGGGAGGGAAUGGCAGUGGUGCUUCCGGAGGCGGUAGCGGCGCACAAAGAAAGGCGGCACGCUAUUCAUCCUCGUCUUCCUCAUCUUCCUCACUCUCCUCCAAUGCUGCUACCCAGGAAUCCUCCGGACGGGGGGGUGCACUUACGUUACUGGCGGGAGGCACCACCACCCCUAACAACAACAGCAGCAGCAGUAAUAACAAUAAUAGUAACAACGGCGGUACCCCCGAAGGCACGAGUCCGGGCACACUCAGUCUGUACACCAGUGACUCGCCUAUCAGCUACCACGACGAUGAGGAAGAGGACGAGAUGGCGGAUGAGAGCGCCGAAGAGCAGUAUAGACAAAUCUGCAACAUUUAUACCAUGUAUAGCAUGCUCAACGCCAACACUCCAGUGCCAGGUGAGAAAGUUGAGGCACUGCCAGACACUGCACCAGACUCUGGGCGACGAGGUGGGCGCCCCCGGCAAGAGCUGGCAUCACUGCCAUCAGAACUCAUCAGCCAGAUUGGCAAUCGUUGCCACCCUAAGCUCUACGAGGAGGGCGACCCUGCAGAGAAACUGGAGCUGGUGAGCGGCACCUCCGUUUUCAUCUCGCGGGCACAGCUCAUGAACUGCCACGUCAGCGCCGGCACACGACAUAAGGUUCUGCUCAGGCGUCUGCUGGCUGCCUUCUUUGACAGGAGCACCUUGGCUAACAGUUGUGGCACCGGCAUUCGCUCGUCCACCAACGACCCAAGUCGCAAGCCGCUGGACAACCGAGUUCUGCACGCGGUUAAAUUCUACUGCCAGAAUUUUGCGCCCAGCUUCCGGGAGAGUGAGAUGAACGCCAUCGCUGCCGACAUGUGUACAAAUGCCCGCCGUGUGGUCCGCAAGAGCUGGAUACCCAAACUCAAACUCCUGAUGGCCGACAGCGAUGCGUACUCCUCUUUCCUGGCCGACAACGUUAAGGCAGAGGCUGACGGGCUGGGUGGCGAGCAAGGUUUCGACACCGCCUCAUUGGAGUUGGCAACCGGUGGAAACGACGGUGGAGCGACGCCAACAGAUGCUCUCCAGGACGGCGGAGGAGGUGGAGGAGGAGAUAGCAGCACUUUGUUUUGA